AGGCCGAGUAGGGCGGGUCAUGCCGUCACCAUGCCUUCUCUGACCUAGGAAAAGAAAUAUAGCGCACUAGUAGACAGACAAUUCCUUCCAUAGCAUCGGUUUCUAUACCGUGUGAGCCAGCUCACCAUGAAUCCGCUGACUAAGGUGAAGCUGAUCAACGAGCUGAACGCACGCGAGGCGAGUCUCGGGGUGAAGGAGUCCGUUUCCUGGCACAGCGAGUACAAAGACAGCGCCUGGGUGUUCGUCGGAGGAUUUCCGUACGAGCUGACUGAAGGAGACAUCAUCUGCGUCUUCUCUCAGUACGGCGAGAUCGUCAACAUCAACCUGGUGCGGGACAAGAAGACGGGGAAGUCCAAAGGUUUCUGCUUCAUCUGCUUCGAGGACCAGCGGAGCACCGUCCUGGCGGUGGACAACUUCAACGGCAUCAAGAUCAAAGGCCGGACGAUCCGCGUGGAUCACGUGAAGGACUACCGUCCUCCCAAAGACACGGAGGACAUGGAUGACAUCACCAGGCGGCUGAGGGAGGACGGCUGCGCCCCCAAAGCUGCGGAGUCCUCCUCGUCUUCCUCAGAGGAAGAGGAGCAGUACAGCAUCCCCGUCAAGAAGCCCAAGAAAGAAAAGAAAGAAAAGAAGAAAAAGAAGAAAGAGAAGAAGGAGAAGAAGAAGGCCGAGAAGGAGAAAGAAAAGGCGAGCCGGGCGCUGCACUCCUCGUCUUCCUCUUCCUCUCCUCCUCCUCCUCCUCCUCCACCUCUUCUUCCUCCGGCCGCCGUCAGAGUCAAAGAGGAGAAGGAGGACGCCGCCUACGACAAGUACAACCAGAGGAGGACGCCGCUGGGGGCGGGACAGAACGGACAGAGAGGGAGGGAGACGGACAGGGAGAGGGAGGAAGAGAGGGGGAGGAAUCGGGAGAGGGAGGGAGACAGAGGGAGAGACAGAGAGGAAGACAGGAACUACGAAAGGAAAAGAGAGUUUGACCGGGACAGAGACAGCGAUAGACGACGAGAGACAGACAGAGAGAGAGACAGGAGCAGAGAGACAGACAGAGAGAGAGACAGAGAGGGUGACCGGAGCAGAGAGAGAGAGGAAUACGGGAGGAGGAAUCGUGAGAGGGAGGGAGACAGAGACCGAGAGGGCGACAGGAGGAGAGAGACGGGCAGAGACUACGAAAGAAAGAGAGAUGGCGAUCGGAGGAGGGAGACAGACAGAGACAGAGAGGGUGAGAGGAGAAGACAAACGGAUAGGAGAGAGAGACAGUGA